UUUCUUUUAUUAUAAAAAAUUUUUAAAGCAGUCUAAAUCAUCAGAAGUGAACGAUUUUAUGGAAAACCUAACCUAGCAUUCCGCAACCCCUGGAGGUGAUCGUUAACGUUCGGACGAUGUCGUGGCCGUUCGACGUUAUGAAAAGCGUGGGCGAAAUCUUCGGUGGUGGUUUUCGUUGCUCCGGGAAAGCGGGGAAAGCUCAUUCUACCCCUAAAGCUCCGGUGUGUCGUCACGUUUCCGGUUGGGUUGCGUAUAACGAGGACAAGAUAAAUCGUUCGUGUCGUUUCAAGUUUAUUAAAAAAGGGUUCUAAUUUCAACGUAUCAAGAUGUAAACUAGAUGGGCUUAGUUCAACGUGAUGAACCGAACUUGGAUAAAUUGAAGUUGAACCCGAUCAAUUCAUCUAAUAAAGAUGCUUUCGGAUGGAUUUACGAGGGAUUCGUUGAAAAGGAAAUUGAACAAAACGAAUUUGUUUAAUUUUUUUGAUGGAAAGGAAAUUGAAAAAAUGGUGGUUAGCACGAAAAAUUAUCCUGAUGGUUUUAUUCGAAGCGAACAAACUAAACCGAAAUAUCAAGAUGUUUUUUUACCGAUAAUUUUGGCUUGCGUUGGGUUAUUAUUUGUAAUAAUAAUUCUUGCGGUGUUUUUUACGUGGAAAAGAAAACGAAAUAAACCUUUAUCUCAACAAAAUAAACCUUCCGGGAUUGUUGUUUAUCCUUUUCAUCAAGGAAAUCCUCCACAAUUUCUCACAAAAGAUAUCCACUUUAGCCUUCCACCGUUAAGAAGUUCUUCAUUGGGCGAACUUCAAGAUAGCGAUCACGGCGAAUCAGACGUUGAAACGGAAUCGUUGUUAUUACCAGCGAGUUGUAAUCAAAGAUCGAAUUCCUUCAGUUGUUAUGGUUUGGGAGUUAUUGAACCAUCUCUUUAUAAAAGCACUUUGGAUUUAGAUGAGAUCCAAUGGCCUGAGGGUCACAUUGGAUGUCUUUGGUUCUCGUUACGAUAUGAACCAUCAACUGAAAAACUUUUGGUGUCUCUUUUGAAGGCGAAAAAUUUACCGUCGAGAAGCUUGGGGACGGUGAAUAGUUGCGAUCCUUUUGUUAGGUUGCGACUUUUACCAGAUGAACGAAGAUAUCUUCAAUCGAAACAAAAAAAGAAAACUUGUAAUCCAUAUUUUGACGAAACUUUAGUUUUUCAAGUUUCAGCCAAGGACAUGUCCGAUCACAUCCUAAAGCUGACAGUAAUCGAUGCUGGAAGGACAAAGAGAAAAGCGGAAAUCGGCCACAUUUUGUUUCCGUUGAAAGAUCUUGAAAUUGGUGACGGAAACGAACAGCAAUUAUUCAAAAUUGAUUUAGAGAAAGAAAUUCAAGAGAAUCAAUCGGAUCUUGGGGAAUUGCUAAUUUCUUUGGUUUAUAAUGAAAAUUUGAAUCGAUUAACCGCAACUGUCAUUGAUGCAAGACGAUUAAAGAUGUCGCAACAACCUUAA